UGGCACAUGGCAGAGUGUGGCGAUGGAGACAGCAGCAAUGGGAGGCCGUACAGGGACCCAUGACACACUCUGGACCUGGCAGCAGCAUGAGGAGGCGGUACAGGGGCCCAUGGCAGAUUACGGGCCUGGCAGCAGCAAUGGGAGGCCCGUAAUCUGCCAGCACCCUAUGACAAAAUGGAACCCACCAGCAGUGUGAGGAGACCUGAAAGUGGCACAUGGCAGAGUGUGGCGAUGGAGACAGCAGCAAUGGGAGGCCGUACAGGGACCCAUGACACACUCUGGACCUGGCAGCAGCAUGA